AGAGAAUGCGCUCGCUCGCUCUUCCUGUGUUACCGCCCUUGGGCUGAGUGAGACAUCAAGCUCUGAAGACAUCGCAUUCACUGGAAAGACAGGCGUUAUUUGGAGACUCCUUAUUUAGGUCCAAUUAGCAGGAAGCCUCUUCCCGGUCCGGAGCGGUGAGCUUGAGAGGGAACAUUGCGGCUGUGAUCUGCUGUUCAGUGUUGCUUAGCAAGUCAUAGCUGGCACCAUGGCGUUGUCAUUCAAGAAGGACCUGGAGAAGUACAAGGACCUCGACGAAGAUGAAAUCCUCAACAAGUUGUCGGCGGAGGAGCUCAAGCAGCUGGAGACGGCACUGGAAGAGAUGGACCCUGAGAACGCUCUUCUCCCAGCCGGCUUACGUCAGAAGGACCAGACGGGCAAGCAAGCUACAGGGUCAUUUAACCGGGAAAGCCUUCUGAAGUACCUGGAGAAGGAAGCCAUGGAGUACAAGGACAGAGAGGAUAUACUGCCCUUCACAGGGGAGAGAAAAGGUAAAGCGUUUGUUCCAAAGCAGAAACCAAUAGAAACACGCCAGGAAGAAAUCACAACCCUUGAUCCGGAAUUAGAGGAAGCCCUAUCCAGCGCCACAGAUACAGAACUGUGUGACCUAGCAGCGAUCCUCGGUGUUCACACGCUGGUCACCAGUAGCCAGUCAUACGAUGCAUCGAAAGACGGUUACAACAAUGUGAUCAAAGGGGAGAAGAUGACCCCGGUGUUUGACGAGCCCCCCAAUCCCACCAAUGUGGAAGAGACUCUGCAGCGGAUAAAAAACAACGACAGCUCCCUAACGGAGGUCAACCUGAACAACAUCAAGAACAUUCCAAUCCCCACGCUGAAGGACUUCGCUAAAGCCUUGGAAAAAAACACGCACGUCAAAAAGUUCAGCCUGGCAGCAACACGGAGUAACGACCCGAUCGCUGUGGUGUUCGGCGACAUGCUACGAGAGAACAAGACGUUGCAGAGUUUGAACCUGGAGACCAACUUUAUCACCGGGGCGGGGGUGCAGGCUUUGGUGGAUGCAUUGCGAGACAACGACACCCUCACAGAGAUCAAGAUAGACAACCAGAGGCAGCAGCUGGGUACUACUGUAGAGAUGGAGAUUGCUAAAAUGUUGGAAGAGAACAACAGCAUCGUGAAGUUUGGCUACCAUUUUACCCAACAAGGACCUCGCUCCAGAGCUGGGCAAGCUAUCACCAAGAACAACGACCUGGUACGCAAGAGGCGAGUGGAAGCGGACCAGUAGGGACGGAGCCCACGCCGCCUCCCAGCCAAUCCUCUCGUUUCAUCUCACCACGUGGAAUAAUUUCAGUCGAUGCCCUGGUCUCAUCUCACUGUGUGGAAACUUAAGUCUUGUGCCAAACUGUGGGGCAAGGCGCGCUCAACCAGAACAUACAUCUGAGAAGAAGGGAAAUAACUGGAAUUGCCCUCCCCCAUUUAUAUGUCCAUGCUUAUGUUUAUUGUUAUUGACGGUGUAAAUCGGAUUAGCUUUUAGUCAUGUUUUUUUGGCGCCUUUAUGUAAUCUGUCCGGACUUUUCUCUUUUUGUUUUCCUUUUCUAUUAAACUGUAAUCGUGUGGAAUAAACAUGCACAUUACCAAGUAACAACAACUGCUCAGUAUAAACGAUAACUAACAUCGAUUCAGCCGUGUACGCAGUGCUAGUGUGAGGCCUUCGCUCCCAGUGGAGUUCCUCUGUUCAACCAGCAGAAUUGGACAUUAGAACAUUAGAGACGCAAUUGACUUCAGCACCAGGGAGUGACGUGAAGCAAAGUCCCACCAGUCUGUUAAAACCACAGCUCACUGGCAGAAUGCAGGCAGUCAUUAGGCGACAUAAAUAACCACGUGAUCAGAUCACCAUUUAUUGUUGUUGCCUUGUAAAGCCAGCUUGACUGGUGUAUCUAACAGUUACGUCUGUGUGUGUUGGCCUCUAAUCAGUUACUGACUUUUAACACCGUACGCAUCGGCACAUACGGUUUUAUAUAAUGAAACUUUUAUUCUAACUUAAGGUCUUUUUCAAAUUCCUGGGCCGGUUAUUCUGAUGGCUUUUGUCCCUUUAACAGGAAACCAUAACUAGGUGUGUAUAUUUUGGAUGAAGUAAAAUUGGGACUAUGCUUUUAAAGUAACCGGAUAUUAGCUGUAGAGCAGAGGAAGCCUGUUGUUAAAUGUCCAUACAACACGCAGGGUUUCUCUGCUGCUUGACCACGCCAAACACACGCUAGUGUGUAACCAUGUGGUUAUCGGUUCAGGUUCUGGCUUCGUCAGCUUCAGUCAUUUCCUGGCAGUAUUCACACCAACCGCAAUCAACAGCAAUUUUUAGAUCACAUUAUGCCAUUACAUUUUGUCUUAUUCCCGUUCUUCGGGGUCAUUUGUUAUAAAGUAUGUUGUUCAGCAAGUAGACGUUUACUACUUGCAAAGCUUUUCUGUUUUUCUUCCCCGAACAACUUGUAAAAUGUUUCCCCCCCGAUAGACAAUCGGCUUAAAUUUCUCCUUUCUCUGCCUCUGUCCACUCAUUCCCUCACAGCAGCAUCUCAGCAGGAGCCUGUCGUUCAUUAUGUAACCGAUGACAACAUGCUAUGCGUGCCUCUAACCGAACCUCCUGAGAUACACUGCGCUGCUUGCGAUGGCUUUAACAGGACUAAUUCAGGAUUACUUGAAACUUGUAUAUACACACGGUUUUAUGUGUAAUAGGAACAAUAUGCUGGCAUGAUCAUCACCUGUGAACAUCGUGUUUCUAUCGACCAAAAACGUUAUUUCAUAUUAACAGGAUCACAUCCCGUGGACAAGAGUUAUACUGCUGAGUUCAAUAUGUGUUUUUUUUUUUAUAUACAUCUGUGUACUCGGUGCAUGGUCAUAUCUGCUAGUAUUUCGUCUUGUUUUCACAUUACUGCUUUGCCGGUGGACAGUCAGCUAAAGUGUAAAAGUGCUUCUUUGCCUGGGCUCAACACAAGUAUUCUUUGAUUCAUAAUAUGUAUAUUGAUUAUAAAAUGUCAUCUCAAAGUGAACACACAGAGACAAACACAUUUUUUUCCACCUUAAAUAAAAACCCAGGUCUAGACUCAACAUAAGGAAUUUGUGCUGUUAUAAAACCACAGGACUGGUAAAACGCACUGGUGAAUAUAAGAUAUGCUCAACAAUAAAUGUUUUUACAUGCUC